AUGAGAGGUCCCCCUGCACUUGCUUUCGAUGCCAGCAACACAAGCCUCGCCCCUCCCAACAAGGGAUGUAGGCGCUAUUUGAAGGAUUAUGGCGAGUGCAGAGGGGUGUGGAAAUGCGAGGGGCCCAUGUUAUGGGAGACCCCUGAGGUACGUCAGCAGAUGUGA